AUGCGCCUCCGAGAAAAUCUAAUCUCAUGCGGUGCGAAGAGGCCUAACGUCGAAAUUUUGCCGCCAAAUAAAUCAAAUUUGGUGUACGUGGAGCAUAUCAGUGUGAUGAUAUAUUUGCAAAGUAAACAAGGCGCCUCACCUCCAUCUUAUUCAACUGAAUACACGAUUUGUCACUCGGAAAUAAUUACGUUCGAGUCAGUAACCCGGGCGUGCGUUAUUGAUGGGCUCGCGCGGCGCGGCGGCGGCGCCGAGACGCGCGGGAAGUGGGUCAGGGAGGAGCGAGGGACGCGCAGCCGCUCCACACUGCGCCCUCAACCCUCAGCCAUGGCGGACGCGCCGCCCGAAGUCCUCGAGCUCAACGUGGGCGGCGUGCACUACGCCACGACGCGCGACACGCUGCUGCGCGAGCCGGACUCGCUGCCCGCCGCCGCGCUGCAGGACCCCGACCAUCCGCGCGACGCCCGCGGACGUAUUUUCUUCGAUCGCGACGGUGUACUCUUCCGUUAUGUUUUGGAUUAUCUGCGAGACGGCGGCCUCGUACUUCCGGAGUGCUUCAGGGAACACAAACGUCUAACUCGUGAAGCUAAACACUACAGGCUCGCGGGACUCGAGAACGCCGUUCGAGAUGCAGAUCCGCGUCCUCCUAACCGCGAGAAAGGCUGCAUCACUGUCGGCUACCGAGGAAGCUUUGCGUUCGGCCGCGACGGCCUGGCCGAUGUCAAGUUCCGCAAGCUGUCACGUAUCCUCGUAUGUGGAAAGGUGAACCUAUGCCGUGAUGUGUUCGGAGAAACCCUGAACGAGUCUCGAGAUCCUGACCACGGACUGGCUGACAGGUACACAUCUCGUUUCUUCUUAAAGCACUCGUUUAUCGAGCAGGCUUUCGAUAUGCUGCAAGAGAACGGCUUCAAGCUGACCGCCAGCUGCGGCAGCGGCACCGCCGGCGGCGCCGCCGAGCUCAAGCCUGGAGUGGAUUCCGAAGAAAAUCGCUGGAACCACUACAACGAGUUUGUUUUCACGCGCGAGUAAAUAAUGCGUUUACUCAGAAUGUGAUAAUUGUCUGCUGUUGAUCGGAGGCUUAAAAAUAUUUCAAUCGUUAGAAGAAUGUUUAAGAGUAUUGUUUUCGUAAUGCAGCUCUCGUAUAUCCAGAGAUAGAAGUAAUGUAACUUUGAAGUUCUCGUAAGUCGUUCGCAAUAUUUGCGUACAAAGUAAAGCUUAAAACUAUUUCUUGUCAUAUUUAUAUUGAAUUCAUAAUCGCCGGUCACCUUAAAUGGUCGGCGAACUACAAGGAUGAUAGAUGUCGGCAAUAAGCCGCUGAAAAAGAAAAGUUCAAGUAAAUGUUUAAUGAUUAUGUAGAUAAUGAACCUAAGCUGUAAUCAUGUAACAAAUAGGUAGUGUUAAAUGUAAAAAUAUUAAAUAUAGUAGUUAAUUACCUCCUCUAGGGCUAAUUUCGUGUACCGUGUACUAUUUCUAUCGUAUUUUUCAAAUUAUUUUAUAAUCAGAUUUUAAUGAAUGAUGUUUCAUAAUGUAUUUUGAAAAACGUGAGUGGGCCAUCGUUUUUGAUAAAGAAAUUGCCAAAUUAUAAUAAAACGUUAACGUUAUGUAUUUUAUACCGUAGCUCUGAGUUACAGCAUCUGUUACUUAUUAUAAUUUACAGGUACCCUUGUACCACGUGAUGUGUUGUGAUGAAUAAGUUUUUCCUUACUCGUCAUGUAGUUUUAAGAAUAUUGAAAUUCAAAUGUGUUUGUAGGAUAUUGCAACAUGAGCGCGUGUGAAAUGUACCUUGAACAAAUAGAAUGUUAAUAGUUGAAGUAUUAGUAAAGUCUCUAGGGAGUAUAACCUAGCGAGAGAAUUAAAUGUGAAACUUUUAUGUAACAAGUUAAAGACGUAUAAUGAGUGGAAAAGGACUGGAUUUAUUCUCAGAUUUCAGUGCAAGACUUGAGGGAGAAUAAUCUGCGCGUCGGACAAGUUUUAAUAGUUCGUCUUUCGAAUUUAGUUUAUUUCCAGUAUAGUUUAAAUUUAAAUAUUUGUGUAUGCAAUCCUCCUCGGUCACAACGUUGCUAAGUCGAGUUAAGCGAUCGCAGCCAUAUCAUUAGAACCUAGAUAUUUUAAGCUGAACUUCCACGAAUAUCUUCCUGAGGCCUUUAUGGAGUUUAAAACGAUAACUUUUAGUGACAGAGAGGUACGGAGCUAUACAGACAAAUAGCUUCAUCUCUUUUUCACAGUGCAAAAAACAUGGUUUUAAAAUCUUCAUAAUAGAUCCCCUGCUUAAAAAAAGUAGGUAGCCAUAUUCUGUAGCCAAUCUCUUCAACUUGGAUUUAUGGUAAACACCAAACUAAGAGUGUAUGCGUUAAUUAUGCGAAUACCUUAUUGUAAUAGGAAGAGUCGAUCGAUGUAAGUCGUUGUUAACGCGCUUAAAAUUAUAGUUAUAGCGUUAGAUUGACAUAUACCCAAAUAUUUAUUAAAAAAAAAGGUUUAAUAUGAUUUCAUUUCACAUUUGCUGAUAUUAAUUGUAUCAUUUAAAGUUGCUUCGUUAUUUCUGACGCAAUAAUCAUAUUUGCCUUACUUUCGUUGAUGCAAUAACUUCGAGUUGUACUUCUAAAAUUCUUUAAUAUUGUAAGUAAACUUAUAUUUUUAUUAAAAAUAAAUGUAACCGAUCAUAUAAGUAGAGUAAUGUAUCAAAUUUUGUUAUAGGAUGGAUGUAUUAUUGUGUUUAGAGACUUUAGUUAAUGUUAGAUAAUGUAAUAUUUAUUUGACCGUUUUACUCUUGGCUAAUGGGUACUUAAAGAAUCCGUUGGGUUGUUAUAUUUAUUUGAGUUCUCCUCGUUUUCGUCUGGAGAAAGAACAGUGGUGAACCUGGACUCGAAAUACUAUGUAGGAUUUCUAAAAGAAUAGUUUUGAAAAUAAAUUUAGAUAAAAAUUA